GUCCCAGGGGUGGGGGCAUCCUCCACAGCCUGCACAAGGCAGUUACCACCUUGACCCCUCCCCCCUGGGGAAAGGUCUUUCCCUUCUGGCUGUAAUUCCACAGUUAGAACUUCAUAUCUUUGGCUUAAGGCUGAAUUUUCUGUUGCCAUGUGGAUGCCCCAGGUGGAGGGGCCCACUCCUGCUUAAGAACACCAUGAAUGCAGGAGCAUUGUAGAGAGUUCAACAGUUGGCUUUUGGAGAGAAGGGGCAGUGGCAUUGAGAGACCUCCAGACCAGGCAUGGCUCUGAGCCCAGGGGCUAAUCUGGUCCUCUGUGAAAGCUCGAACAUGACUCCCAGUCUCAGCCUGGCAGAGGCCCCAGAUUCAGGCUCCAGCACUAACUCUGGGCCCCACACAGACAUGGGCCUUGUUCCUCUCUUGAACCCACCCUUGAAUCCUGGCUCAGAUCUUGUUCCAGACCUCAAUUCAACUCUGAGUCCUGUCUCAGAGGAGGCCCCUGGCCUGGUGUCUGGUAACACCCCCAGGCCUGGUGACAGCCAGACUGUGCCCCCAGUCCCCCUCCAGAUCACCACUUACCACUCUGGUGAAGCCCUGGGCCUGAAUUCAAAUCACGUCUCAAGGCCUGACUCACAAGGGGCCCUGGGUCCAGCCCCAAACCUUGUGCUGAGCCCCAGCUCUACUGAGGCCCAAGAUCUGAGCUCAGGGAAACACUCUGGGCUCAGUUCUGAGGAGGCUUUCAACUCUCUCUCAAGCAAGAUUUUUGAUGUGGGUCAGAGUAACUCCAGUCCUUCCAGGACUGAUGCAAACCCAUUUCUAAGGCCCUAUUCAAGAGAAGCCCUGGUGGUGGGCCACUGUGUCUGUAGGUCAAGCUCAAAAGCUCUCCUUAUUCCAACCUCAAAUUCUUCUCUGGACUCUGACUCCAACCAGCUACACAGUGUGGGCUCAAGAAACACCUCCAAGCUGUACCUCAGUGCGGGUCCAGGUUCUUGUGGGACCCUGAUCCCAGAUGCCAACGAGACCAUCACUGUGGUUUCACAUAACAGCUCUGGAUCUGUCUCAAAAGGAGUUUUGGGUACAGCCUGGAACACGAGUUCCAAGGGAACCAUCAAUGUGGCUUCAAAUAACAAUCUCAGGUCUGACCUGAACAUGACCAUCACUCAAGCCUCAUGCUUGACCCUGAUUCCUGGCUCCAGCAAUAGUAUCAGCCUGCAUUCCAGCACCCGUGGACCCAGCUCCACCCUUUCUCCACCCUCGUGUAUGACUCUGAUCUUGGGCUCCAAUGAGACUCUCAGCCUGGGUUCCAGCCUCAUCUUCAGUGACACCUCUACCCUGACACUGAGCAGCCAGCAGGAUUAUUUUGAGGACAAUAGCAUCCACGCCAUACCCUUGGACAAGAAUCUGGGGAGCUGGGAUGAGAUGGUUGGCACUGAGACAGGCCAGUUCUCGCUGAGGUUCCCCACCUAUAAUACCAUGGACAAGGACACCACAGCCUUCCAAAGCAUCCCAGAGGGAGCCUUCAGUGAAGUGGCCUCAUGCCUGGUGGACAUGCCGGGGAAGAGAGACGAUGGCACCAAGAUAGCUCUGGUGGAGAAUGUCAUCACCCUCCAGGAGAGCCAGGAUGCGCUUGAAGUUGACGUAGAGAAGAGGACCUUGAUGAAGAAGAUGAUGAGGCAGAUCCAGGAGGAGCCACUGGAUUCCCUCUCGAGCACCGUCCGCUGGCAGGCCAUGGAGACGCUGACCCAGCUGAGUCACACCCAGCCCGUGCUGGGUGUGCGAGAAAGGUCAGAGCUGGUGGGCACAUGCGUGAAGAGUGUGUUCUCCCUGCCCUCUGUGCAGGCCAUGCAGGAGAAGGACGAGGCCAAGGCGGAGGCCAUACAGACGCUUUACCGACAGACCCUGGAUGCCCUGCAGACACUGCUCAACGCCCUCUUUGUCGAGGACCCCACUCCUGCUGGGCUGAAGAGCAUCUUGGAGCCCCUGGGGCCCUGGAUGAACUCCGGGAAGACCCAUGAGCGAGCACGGGCUGUGAACAGCAACGUCUCUGUGUUGAACCACAUGUUUCUGACCCUGCCUUUCUUUAUGUCCUCGGGGUUUCCGGCGCUGGGGCUUCUGCUGGGGAGGCUCAUCCUUCGCAUCGGAGAUCCUGAUGAGGAGAUUGGCCGGAAGGCUCUGGACGGCAUCAUCAUCCUCUACACCAUCCUGGAGCUCCAAAAACGAGCCAGAGAUAAGGAAGAGACCAAUAAGAAGGAGCUGUAUGAGAGCAACAAGCGAUUCCUGGGGCCCUACAACCCUGUCUGCCCAUGCCAGAACAUUCUGCGUGUGAUCGCGGAAUUUGGAGACUUCCUGGGACCCCAGCAGGUGAAGGACCUGCUGUUAGCAGCCCUGGAAGGCUUGAAAGGCAGCUCAGAAGCCCGGGAGAAGGACUUGGGGGAGAUGAUGCAGCUGUCCUCGGAGGUCACCAUCAGCUCGGUGCUGGAGUGGUACCACCACAGGGUGGUGGAGGUGAUCCCAGAAAUCAUGCAGGCCAUCUACAUGCAGCUGAAACACAUCCAGGAGCCACGGGCCCGCGAGGUGGCCUUGCUGCCCGUCUCCCUCCUGGCCAGCUCCUUCAUGACCGAGGUGGUCGUGGCCCUGCUCACGUGUCCCCUCCCGCUGGACAGCAACGGCGCAGAGAUGUGGAGGCAGCUGAUACUGUGCAAGCCCAGCUGUGAUAUCCGAGACCUCCUGGAUCUGCUCCUGACGAGCCUGAAGGAGAAGCCCUUCACCAAGAAGGGCCGGGCCUCGAUCGUGCCCUUAGCGGCAGCCAGCGGGCUGUGCGAGCUCCUGUCGGUCAGCAGCUGCGUGGGCUUCGUGAGGCGCGUCUACCCCCAGCUGCUCCUGGCCCUGCUCAUUCAGGUCCAUUACCACAUCGGCCUCAACCUGCCUGGCCGUGUGGCUUUGCGCAAGGACGCCAGGAAGGAUGCCCAGCCCUCCGUCUUCGUACCCGUGCGCUGGGUGGUCAAAGUGGUGAAAACCCUGCUGCUGAGGAUGGGCUGCUCAUACGAGGCCACCUUUCUGGAGGACCAGGGCGGCUGGGAGCUCAUGGGGCAGGCCGAGAACCACCACCGCGGAGUGUCCCUGCUGGCAAGGGCCAUGGUGCAUUACUCCUGCCAGGAGCUCUGCCGCAUCCUCUACCUGCUCAUCCCGCUCCUGGAGAGAGGCGACGAGAAGCACAAGAUCACUGCCACCGCCUUCUUCGUGGAGCUUCUCCAGAUGGAACAGGUGCGGCGGAUCCCUGAGGAGUACUCUCUGGGGAGGAUGGCUGAAGGCCUGAACCACCAGGACCCCAUCAUGAAGGUGCUGUCCAUCCGAGGCCUGAUCAUCCUGGCCCGCAGGACUGAGAAGACUGCCAAAGUCCGGGCCCUCCUGCCCUCUAUGGUGAAGGGCCUGAAGAGUAUGGACGGGCUGCUGGUGGUGGAGGCCGCCCACAACCUCAAGACCAUCUUCAGGGGGCAGGACCGGAAGCUGAUGGACAGUUCGGUCUAUGUGGAGAUGCUUCAGGUCCUGCUCCCACACUUCAGUGAUAGGCCCAGGCAGCCUCUGGGAGGAGGGAGCAUGCCUGAGCCUCCGGGUCUGCCCCAGUCACGAGAGGAUGUGCGCUCCACCUGCAUCAGCCUGUACGGCAAGGUGGUCCAGAAGCUGCGGUCGCCUCACACCCCAGCCGUAGAGGAGCAGCUGAUCGGCACCUUGGUGCCCCUGCUGUUGACCAUGCAAGACGGCAACGCCAAGGUGAGCCAGAAAUGUGUGAAGACCCUGUUCCGCUGUUCCUGCUUCAUGGCCUGGGAACUGCCAAAAAGAGCUUAUAGCAGGAAGUCCUGGGACAACCAGCAGCAGACGGUGGCCAAAAUUUGCAAGUACCUUGUGUCUACCCACCAAGACAGCGCCUUCACAUUCCUCAGCCAGAGCCUGGAGUAUGCCAAGAAUCCCCGGGCCUCCCUCCGGAAGUCCUCAGUCGUGUUCAUAGGGUCCCUGGUCCCCUGCAUGGAGAGCAUGAUGACAGAAGACCGGCUGAAUGAAGUUAAAGCGGCUCUGGAAAACCUGAGACACGACCCAGAAGCAUCAGUGUGCAUCUACGCGGCCCAGGCCCAGGACCACAUCCUAGCCAGCUGCUGCUGGAACUCCUGGCCGCUGCCACACGGGGACUCGUGGGUGUGCGACCCAGCCACCACGCACCGCUGGAGCCCUAGCUGCAAGAGCCUGCCCGCUUCUCACAAGCGGUGCUCCUGGAUCGUGCAGGCACUGGGCUCCUGGAAGAUGGCCUUGAAGCAGUGAUGUGCCUGAGCCCCCGGCCCUCCCCAGAGGCCAUGCCCACUAUAAAUGCCACGUGGCUUACCUCUCCCCCUGCGUGUUUCCUCCUGGAAGACGCCCCGUGCCCUGGGGCAGCCAUUGCUCCAUGUGGCACAUUUGUGAGAUGAGCGUGGCCUUCAUUGCGGACUCAAGGCCAUGGAAAAAGUCCACCUUGUGCCUCGAUGUCCCCUCCCCCACAGAGAGGGAGGAAGAACAACAGGAGAUGAUGAUUGGGGUGCCUUUAGGGGAAGGAAAAGGACAGACUCCCCUCCCCCAUGACGUCAUGCACUUCCUGGAACUCUGACCUCUGAGUCUCACCCUCCGGUCCUUGCCCAGAGAUCAGCUGGCUGUCUUUCAUUUGGGUAGCAUUUACUGAGCACCUAACCGGGGCCAGGCCUGCUCUGGGUGCUGGAGGAGAACAAGACCCAGUCCCUGGCCUUAGUAACGCAUAGUCUGAUGCAGUGGUUCUCAAAAGGGGUGAUUUUGACAUGCAGGGAAUAUCUGACAAUAUCUGGAGACAUUUUUGUUUGUUACAACUUGCGGAAGGGGAUGAUAUUGUCAUCUAGCGAUUAGAGCCCAGAGACGCUGCUAAACAUCCUACCGUGCACAGCACGGCCCCCCACAGUGAAGAACUAUCCAUCCCAAAUGGUUAAAAGUGCUGAGGUUGAGAAACUUUGGUCUAACGGAAGUAUCAGGGACAUGUAAAGACAUCUGUGCCCAGCAGGGCGGUGCUGUGAUGAAGGGGCUCAUGGGAGCUUGUGAAGUUCAGGGGACGUAUGUAGGCCAGCCAGGAGUAGGGGUGUCAGGGGCAAGACCCCCCACUAGAAGGCUUGGAAAUAGGACCACAUGGUGGGCGUGAAUGGAGGAGAGCAGGGCACACGGGACUGAGGACCAGCUGCUCAUACGUAGGUUCAAUGGAUCCUAGAGUGUGUGUGUGUGUGUGUGUGUGUGUGUGUGUGUAGAUCAGGGCCAGGGCCAGCUUGCCAUGGUGGUGGAGGCCGUGUUAAGGGAGCAGCGGGAAGGCGUGGUGGGGUGUUAAGCAGGGGAGAGAUGUGGACAGAUGUUGGCUUUAGAAAGCUCCUUCCUCUAGAAGAUACAGGAACCCCGCAGGCAUUGCUGGUGGGAGGGCACAUGGGUGCAGCCAUUCCAGACACAAAUCCAUCACUAUUCAUUCAUAUUAAGCUUAUGCAUGCCAUGACCCGGCAGUUUCACUCAUGGGCACACAUCUCGGAGCUCUUCCCAGAGGUCCACAAGAAAAGAUGUAUGAGGAAGUCCAUUGCAGCAUUAUUUGUGGUGCCUGGGAGAGGAAGCCGCCUGGGUAUCCGUCCUCAGGGAGUGAACGGGCACCACGGAGUCCCAUGCAGCACUUAGAGGCAGUGGGGGUACGUGUAGCACCUUGGAUGGGACCUAAAACCUUGUGCUGAGGGAAAGAGGACGUAAAAAAAUGUCUGCACAAAAGAAGUCACACUUUGCAAGAACACUUACAAGCUGAAAAUACACAUUAAAA